AGUAAACUAGGCCUCGAAUUCAGGCCUAAAAGGACUAGGCCUCAAGGCUUCGAUGAAGUAAACUAGGCCUCAAAUCCAGACCAAAAAAGACUAGGCCGCAAGGCUUCGAUGAAGUAAACUAGGCCUCAAAUUCAAGCCUAAAAGGACUAGGCCUCAAGGCUUUGCUGAAGUAAACUAGGCCUCGAAUCCAGACCAAAAACGACUAGGCCUCAGAGACAUAAUUUAUGCAGGCCCCGCCCCUUGGAUUUGCCUAUCGGGAGAGACGAGGUCAUUACCUAUGCAAGCCCCGCCCCCGUGGAGGCGGUGACAACGGGGAAUUGAGCUAAUUUAUGCAGGCCCCGCCCCUUCCUCGGAUCGACUUACCUACCGUUGUUGGUGUGGAGAUCCAUAAUUUAUGCGGGAGAAGGAAGGGGAGGAGCCUAAUUACCUAUGCAAGCCCCGCCUCCGGGCCCUGAGGAAAUACUAGGCCUCGAACCCGGGCCGCAAAAGGCCGGAUUCCAAGAUGGCGGACCUGGAGGCGGUGCUGGCGGACGUGAGCUAUUUGAUGGCCAUGGAGAAGAGCCGCGGUCGCCGUGGAGACGACCCGCCUGGCCCCGCCCUUUUCCGUGGAGAGGCCGGAAGGCCCCGCCCCUCCCCGAGGCCUGUAUUCGGAGUGUUAUGCAAAGAUAUUUGGAAGAACGAGGAGAAUCGACUUUCGACAAGGUUUUCAACCAGAAGAUCGGCUUUUUGCUGUUUAAAGAAUUUUGCGAAAAGGAUUUUGAGGAAGGAGUCGCUCAGAUGAGGUUUUACGAGGCGAUCAAAGAAUUCGAGAAGAUCUGCUCGGAGGAGGAGCGCCUGGUCCGCGGUCGCGAGAUUUACAGCUCCUUCAUCAUGAAAGAGCUGCUCUCCUCCUCCCACCCUUUUUCAAAGAUGGCCGUCGGCCACGUCCAGACCCAACUGGCCAAGAAACAGGCCCCACCGAACCUUUUCCAGCCCUAUUUGGAGGAAAUCUGCGACAGCCUUCGAGGGAAAAUAUUCGAAAUGUUUCUGGAAAGUGACAAAUUCACCCGUUUCUGUCAGUGGAAAAACGUGGAGCUCAACAUUCAUCUGAGCACGUCGGACUUCAGUGUUCACCGCAUCAUCGGCCGAGGCGGAUUCGGGGAAGUCUACGGGUGCCGCAAAGUCGACACCGGGAAAAUGUACGCCAUGAAAUGUUUGGACAAAAAGCGGAUCAAGAUGAAGCAAGGAGAGGCCCUGGCCCUCAACGAACGAGCCAUGCUCGCCCUCACCUCCACCGGGGAUUGUCCUUUCAUUGUUUGCAUGACGUAUGCCUUUCAAACUCCGGACAAACUUUGCUUCAUUUUGGACCUAAUGAACGGAGGAGAUUUGCAUUAUCAUUUGUCGCAACACGGAGUUUUUUCGGAGAAAGAAAUGCGAUUUUUUGCGGCGGAAAUCGUCCUCGCCUUGGAACACAUGCACCAGCGCUUCGUCGUCUACCGAGACCUCAAGCCGGCGAAUAUUUUGUUGGACGAACACGGACACAUCCGUGUUUCCGACUUGGGCCUCGCGUGUGAUUUCUCCAAGAAGAAGCCACACGCAACCGUGGGCACCCACGGCUACAUGGCCCCGGAAGUCCUUCAGAAGGGCACUUCCUACGACAGCAGCGCUGAUUGGUUCUCCCUUGGCUGCAUGCUCUUCAAGCUCCUCCGCGGGCACAGUCCUUUCCGGCAGCACAAAACGAAGGACAAGAACGAGAUCGACCGCAUGACGCUCACGACGAACGUGGAAUUGCCGGAUGUGUUUUCUCCGGAACUCAAGUCUCUGUUGGAAGGACUCCUCCUGCGGGACGUCGGCAAGAGGCUCGGGUGCAAAGGUCGCGGGGCCCAGGAAGUGAAGGAGCACCUUUUCUUCAAAGGGAUCGAAUGGCAGCAUGUCUGUCUCCAAAGGUACACCCCGCCCCUGGUUCCGCCCCGAGGGGAAGUCAACGCCGCCGACGCUUUCGAUAUCGGCUCCUUCGACGAUGAAGACAUCAAAGGCGUCAAGUUACUGGACAGCGACCAGGAACUGUAUAGGAACUUCCCGUUGGUCAUCUCGGAGCGUUGGCAACAGGAAGUGACCGAAACCGUCUUCGAGGGGGUCAACGCCGAAAUGGACAAGGUCGAAUCCCGAAAACUGACCAAGAACAAAGAAGAUUACGCCCUGGGGAAGGACUGCAUUAUGCACGGCUAUAUGUCGAAAUUGGGAAAUCCUUUCCUGACGCAAUGGCAACGACGGUAUUUCUAUCUUUUCCCGAACCGACUCGAAUGGCACACGGAAGGAGACCCGCGGGAUAUCUGGCGCACUUACACAAAAAAGCACAAACGGCAAAGUGUGUUGACGAUGGAGCAGAUCCUGUCGGUAGAGGAAACGCUUUUCCGGGACAGGAAGUGCAUCUCGUUCCGGAUCAAAGGCGGGAAGCAGUUCGUCCUCCAGUGCGAGAGCGACCCCGAGUUCGUCCAAUGGAAAAAAGAGUUGACGGAGGCUUUCCUGGACGCCCAGAAGCUGUUCCGACGAGCCCCGAAGUUCCUGAACAAAUUAGUGAAAUGAUUAAUUAAUUAUGCGGCUCGUUAGGAAAAACGAGUCCGGGAUAAAAGGCGGAAACGAGUACUGAACUCUGUCUCGUUAUUUCAAUUUAAUUUAAUUUUUUAAGUGAUUUAAUUCUGGGAUAAAAGACGGAAACGAG